AUGCUUUCAUUCCUGCUUUUAUAUCUCGAAAUUAGAAAAUCAAGAGCAAUAAUUGCCUCGAAUGACAUUAGCUAUGCUUUCACCAGUACAAUAUCUUAUCGUUACUAUACCCUGACCAGUUUUGCUCACUGGUGUUUCUUUCAAACGAUAAAUGAUUCUCAAGAGCUUCAAGAUAAAUUUGCAUUUUUUGUUUUUUUCAGAUUUAAAGGAUGGAAACGAUUAUUGUUUGCGGAUGGACCACGUCAGGUUAUUAAUGCUGUAACAUUAUUCUCUGUGCUCCGAAUGAAUGACUUUUCGUUUAAUAUCAAUAAAUAUGGCAACAUCACUACUCUAUUUGCAUUGACUGUGAUGGCUUUCACUGUACUAAUGUUUUUCAUAUCAAUGUUAUUACUUGGUGUUGCAUUCUUUGUCUAUAUUCCUAUAUUAUGUAAAAUUAGAGGAAAUCUAAAGGAAUAUUGUUGUCAUCUGAUUGAUAAAAGUCUACCUCCAUACACUGAAAAUGUUCACCAACAACAACAACAUAAUUCACCAUAUACGGUGAAUGUGCCGCCACCACCAUUAUUAUUGUCGCCUGUUUCACCGCCUGUGCUACAUAAUAAUAGUAAUAAUGGUCAAGAUUUACCUUCAAGAUAUAAUCCACAGGAUAAAAGAGGUUAUAAAGGUUAUAAUAAUUAUACAUUACAAGGAGAGAAACCAAUUUACAUUACUACACCUAUAUUUUAUGUGAAUGCUUCACCACAUAUAGGACAUUUAUAUACUGCUACUAUAGCAGAUAGCUUUAAAAGAUACUAUGAAUUAAAAGGUAAAAAAGUGUUUUUAAGUACUGGGACUGAUGAACAUGGAUCAAAGAUUCAUCAAGCAGCUAUUAGAAACAAUGUGGAUCCUAAAAAUUUUAGUGAUCGAGUCUCGCAAAAUUUUAAAAAAUUAUUUGAUAUGGCACAUAUUAAUUAUACAACAUUUAUUAGAACAACUGACCAAAAUCACAAAUAUGCAGUUGAACAUUUUUGGAAUUGUUUAAUGAAAAAUGGAUAUAUUUAUAAAGGAGAGUAUGAGGGGUGGUAUUCUGUAUCUGAUGAAACAUUUUAUAAUGCGUCUCAAGUUGAAGAAGUCCAAGAUCCUAAAACUAAAGAAACUUCCAUGAUUUCAAUUGAAUCAAGACAACCAGUCGAAUGGACUACUGAACAAAAUUACAAGUUUUCAAUGAAGAAAUUACAAAAUGAUUUAUUAGAAUGGUUGGAAAAAAAUCCCGAGGUUAAAGCAUUGAUAGAAAUGGGAUUGAAUGACUUGUCAGUUUCCAGACCUAAAUCAAGAUCUAAUUGGGGAAUAAACGUACCAGACGAUGAAGAUCAAGUAAUUUAUGUUUGGUUGGAUGCGCUAACCAAUUAUUUAACCGUCACCAAUUAUCCUUGGUUAUCCAAUCAAGAUAAUAAUGAAUGGCCUGCUGAUAUUCAUGUCGUUGGUAAAGAUAUUCUAAGAUUUCAUGCAAUAUAUUGGCCAUCAUUCUUAUUAGCGGCUAAUUUACCAUUGCCAAAGAAAAUUUUAGCACAUUCUCAUUGGACAAUGGAAAAACAAAAAAUGUCUAAAAGUCGUGGAAAUGUGGUGGAUCCAUUUGAUCUAAUAAAUAAAUAUGGAGUUGAUGCUAUAAGAUAUUAUUUAUUAAAGGAUGAUUUUUCAAUUGAUAAUCUUGAAACAAAAUAUAAAAAGGAUUUGGCAGGUCAACUUGAGGAUGGCACUUUAAAUGAACUCGAUAAUACUUUAAUUGAUAAAUUAAAAAAUUUAAAAGAUGAAGUCGAUAAACAUUAUAAUCAAUUAGAAACCAAUAAAGCAAUAACAUUGAUUUUUGAUAUUAUUUCAGAGGCAAUUAUUUUUUUUUCUAUCAAACAAUUAAACGCUACGAAAACUAAAGACACAUUAACUAUAAAGAAACGUAUGACAACAUUGAUAUUUUUAUCAAUUGAAACAUUGAGAAUUACUGGAAUCUUAUUGUUACCAAUCAUGCCAGCAAAAAUGGGUCAACUGUUGGAUAAACUUGGAGUCAGCAGGGAUAAAAGAACUUUUGAGGAUGCAAAAUUAGAUUUGAAAAAUAUUAAUGAAAAUAUUGAUUUUAAAAAUUUCGAAUUUCAAAACGAUCAAGAAAUCUUAUUUCCUAAACUAAGUAGAAAUCAAUCAAAUUUUAGUACAAAGUAA